GUAGCGAAUAAGCAAAGCACCUGACAUUAAACUGGCAUUCAAACAUCCCAGUGAAUGCUUCAAAGUUAAAUCGAGUAACAGAUCACUUUUAACACUAAAAUCAGGAUUGAUCUGUUAGGUACAACUUGUACAUAACUUGAAUGGUACAUAGUAGUAUCAUAAUACGCCCACGCCCACGCCCACGCCUGUGCAUCAAAAGCACCUCUUGAAUAGCAAACCCAAAUUACGAACCUGAGCCGAACGAAACAAACCCGAACGAAACACAACGAAACGAAACGAAACCCUCAUCGUCUAAGUGCUGAAGCUUACUAUAAUCAGCGCAUCACGCCUCUCGCCUCGAAUAUCAUCCCUUAGGUAGCAAUGUCCUUUCCGAAAGAUUUGCGACGAUAGUAUGAAGGCAGUCCUUCCAGGCCAGCCUGAAGCUCGUCUUCAAGCUGUGUCAACGGGUUAUUGGGACGGUAAACGUGUCAUCGUUUAUAUCACCGGCAACGCUCUCGCAAUCCUCUCCGACCCCGAAACAAUCCUCCAGACCAUAUACGAUGACGACGAAAGGAAUCUAGAAGCUGUCUCUUUUGACGAGUGCUCGGGGAAGAUAGCAGCAUGUACUAAUACUACCGUGAGGAUAUAUCGGCCUCUGAGUCAUGGUGACGAUGGCGGCUCACCCAAGUGGGCUUUACAAACGUUUUUCGACGUCGACCAAGGCGAGACUUCCAUAUCUUUGUCGUGGGGGGGAUCAGAAGAACUUCUCGUCGGCCGAUCGUAUCUUUGGCUUUAUGACACAACCUCGACCCCUGCCUCUUGUCAUUGGCACCGAGAGCUAGCUAGUCCCGUGAAAGCGGCCAACCUUUCGUAUGACUCGUCAUACAUUGCGUCCGUUGGUUACCAGGACCGAUUGGUGAAGGUGUGGCGGAGGCUUAAUUUCGGUUCGGAGGAAGUCAUCUUCGACUUUACUUAUCUACCUCAUCCACGGGCCGUUACUGGUAUACAAUGGCGCAAACCUUUCCAUGUCGACCAGACGAUGGAGAAUGUGCUCUACACAUUCUGUGUUGACAAUAUUAUGCGCGUGUGGACAGGCGCUGACGGCUCUGGCUGCCAAUCCUUGCGCCAGUGGGGAAAGCUGGAUCUUGCGGCGGCGAUACCGAAGGAGCGAGGGAUGGACAAGCCCACUUUGAGAUGGGCCUUUAUCCUUGGACAGCGGGACCUAGCCAAUGCUACCGAAAGAGCCGUUCAGGAGAGGGAUGAUGGCCACGAGAAGGAGGAUGUCGCUCUACAAUACUUACUAUCUAUUGCUAACAGAGAUACGGAGAUUUGUGUUAUCCUGGAUGGACGCGGAAGUAUGUCGUCCUGGGCUCUAGAGAAUGUGAGCAGCAAGCCCAAGGGCGCCAAUAACGUGGAUAACGUCGCAUACGUUAAAUCCAAAGACUUCGACUUUCUAGGGUCGCUUCAGGUUGAAUCUCAUGUUGAGAUCCUCAGCUAUUGCAAUAAGAAUGCGGGUAACCUUCACAUGUUAUUUCAUCAUUUUGACGGGCAUGUAAAGGUGUUCGAGAGCAAUAUUGCAGAUUUCCUCGACCCAACUACCCGGAGCAAGAGUCGAUUGAUUCCUCGUGCUUCUUGGUCUGGGCAUUCCGCUUCGAUCAAGAAGAUUGUCCGAAACUACAGUGGGCGGGCGAUUGUAUCCAGGACUGAGCAAGGGGGGGAAAGUAUUGUCUGGCGACACUCUCCUGGCGCAAUACGAACAAAAUUGCUGAGGCAUAAUGUCAUCCCGGAGAAGCGCCAUAUACAUCGAAUAUGCUUAAUCAGAGGGGGCAGGUUCGUUAUAUUCUUGCAUCACGACAGCAUUGCAGUGUGGAAUUGCACUUCGCCAGUCCAUACACUGCUUGCCGAAUGUAAAUAUCAAGUCCGCGGCAAGCCCCUUUGCAUUCUUGUACUCCCUCGCGAGCGAGUAGACGACGAUUCCGUUGCCCAUAUCGCAACUAUUACUUCGGAACAGGAAGGAAUUGUGUGGGAACUCCACUUACCUUUACAUAAUGAUAAUGCUACUAAAUCACAGACCAAUGGUUAUGAAAAGCCUCUUCAAGAAUUCUGCACGUUCAAAUUAGACACAGCUGGUGAUCUUGCCUACGUUCUACCAGUUGACCCGGCAGGUUCCAAGCCCGUUAUAUCUGGGUUCUUGGAUGUCUUUGCUCGCGACGUUGCAGUAUCGUACACCCACGGUGGCCGUGUUGAGUUUUGGACAGCCAGGGUCUCUCGAGAACGAAGUCAGGUUGAAUGGCUUUCCACGGCGUCGAUGGAGACGGGUGUUUCGGAGCCUACCUUGGCUAGCGGCAGUACGAUGAAAAAGGCGGCCCUUGUGAACCGAAACCGUUCAGACCUAACCAUUUGGGAUAUCCGAGCGGCCCGUUUGGAGUACAAACAGGAUUUUGAGAAUCACAACACGGUAGAAGAUCUCGACUGGACGUCUACGCCGGAUUCGCAGUCUAUACUCGCUGUAGGCUUCCCAUACCGUAUCAUUCUUCUCGCACAGAUGCGAUUCGACUACUUGAAUAAGGGCCCUGCUUGGGCAUCCAUUCGCGAGAUUAACACUCGAGAAUUCACACCCCAUCCUAUUGGAGACUCAACCUGGCUUAGCGACGGCAACUUGAUUGUUGGCGCCGGCAAUCAAUUAUUCCUAUACGAUAGAACUUUCGAGACAACAGACCGACUAGUAUCAGGUGUGCGCGUGCCUCAUCGUAAAGAUGGUACUAGAGACCUGUUUGAUGUUAUUCAAAGAUUGAAUGGUCCCUUACCAGUUUUCCAUCCUCAGUUUCUCAGCCAGUGUAUUUUAGCAGGGAAGCACUCCGCGGUUCGGCGCAUACUACUAGCUUUAAAUCACACAUUGAAGUACCACGUCGAGGGAGACGUAAUCGAUGACUAUCUAAGUCUUGACCUCUCUGAGUUUUACGUAAACAAAACAGCUUCUACUCAUGGACAUGACCCAUCGUAUCUUGUGUCUCAGAUGUCAUUUGACGACAAUGACGAAGUCUUUUCAGAAGAUACGGCCCUCUCUAUUUGCGAGAAACUCCAGAAUACAACCAUACCCCAAUUGUCCGGCCACGAGCAGAUCCAACUACUAGACAUCGUCGAGUGUUCCGGGGUAGUGGAAAGGCAACGCCGCUCCAUGGAUGAGAACGGUUCAAGGUUUAUGCUAUUUUUCCGUCAACACGCGCUGAGAAAGAGAAGAACCAAUGAAAAUCAUAUGUCGUGGAGGGAGAUUAACUGGGCUUACCAUUCCACUAGUCAAGACAUACUGACCGAUUUCGUAUCCCGCCAGUACCACGGCACUAUGUUGUGGGACAACGCGAGGGAGAGUGGCACGUUCAUGUGGCUCACAGAUGAAGCGGCUGUUAAAACACAAUUUGAAAUUGUGGCUCGCAACGAGUACACCAGAAGCGAGGUGAAGAACCCCGUAGACUGUAGCAUAUAUUACCUUGCCUUGAAGAAGAAGACUGUUCUUCAAGGGCUGUGGCGCAUGGCAAGUUGGAAUAGAGAACAGAAAGCAACACAGCGACUUCUUGCGAAUAACUUUAACGACCCCAAGUGGAAGACGGCGGCGUUGAAGAAUGCGUACGCUCUGCUCAGCAAACGUCGUUUUGAGUAUGCAGCCGCCUUUUUCCUACUUGCAGACCACUUGCAAGACGCGGUGAAUGUCUGUCUGAAUCAGAUCAAGGACCUCCAAUUAGCCAUUGCCAUUACCAGAGUAUACGAGGGUGACAACGGACCAACAUUUCGGAAGCUGCUCGAGAAUGAAGUCCUCGUUGUUGCGGCCCAGGAAGGUAAUCGCUGGCUUGCGUCCUGGGCCUUUUGGAUGCUAAAGCGGAGAGAUAUGGCGGUCCGGGCUUUAAUUACCCCUGUGUACACCUUGUUAGAGACCCCAGUAUCCUCAAACAAUCUAGACGCCAAACUAUUCCUAACAGAUGACCCAGCCCUCGUGGUGCUGUACUCCCAACUCCGGCAGAAGACGCUUCAGACACUCCGUGGCGCAUCAAAGGUCAUGCCGAGGACAGAGUGGGAAUUUGUCAUACAUAACGCCAGGCUGUAUGACCGCAUGGGCUGCGACCUACUAGGCCUCGACCUCGUCCGCAACUGGGAGUUCCUCCGCCAACUCCCGCUGUCCGAUGGAGACUUUGGCGGCGAGAUCGACCCCCGAAAGUUGCUGCGCCGCCGCGGCUCCAUGAUCGUCCAGGACAUGCCGCUCUCACCUGUUGCCCCCGGUGAUAUGAAGACCGGAGGCCACGGUGUGAAGCCGCCGCCUAGCGUGUUUGAGGAGCCUGAUGCGAAUUCGUUAUUGGAUAGUUUUGGCUUCUAGAUGAAGUGCAGUUAUUAACUUGGCGGCCACCUAGGUAGGUAGUGAAUGGGAUCGGUUCAGGGGCAGGGACGGGGGCCAAGGGAAUUGAAAAUGUACGAGUUAGUUGUGAGCAAAGAGCUACCGUAUCGGAAUUGGUUUGGAAGCUGAAGUUCAUAUUACCUACAUAGGCACCUACCAUAGACAUAGGUGCUUGUAAUAGCCUCAGACUGUCUAUUUAGAUAGUCAUCAACUAGAAGCUACCUACAUGAAUAGCAACAUAAAUCAACAUAAACUAGUUAUGCGCUGAUAUGAGAUGGUGAUUCGCAGUCCCUAAUCAUAUCGAGUGCCGAGGCUUAGGACCACUGGCUCCUGAAAGCCAUAUUUUGG